AUGUUGUCUAACAGGUUUCCUUAUAUUGUAGUGAAUAACAAAAAUUAUCAGAAGAUAUGUAAAAUUCACACAACUACAUUUAGCAACACAGCUUUUAAAGCUGGAGAUAAAAUAAGAAUACAGAAAACUUUAACACAGAAAGACUUAGAUGCUUUCUCCAAUCUCACAAGUGACCAUAACCAUUUACAUCAGAACAACGGUAACAAGAGGCCAAUAGUUCACGGUGCUCUUCUAAAUGGUUUGGUAGCAGGGUUGAUUGGUACCCACUUGCCUGGACCAGGGACUGUAGUUGUUUCACAAACUAUGAAAUUCCCCAACAAGUGUUUUGUUGGUGAGAAGCUGACUAUUAGUGUUGAACUUGUUGAUGUGCGGAAAAUUCUCAAAGUGAAGUUUUAUUGCAUUGUGGAGGAAGAAAAAAAGGUUGUGUUUGAGGGUGAGGCUAAAUUGAUGUUAGCCAAAGACUAUUAG